CUUGAAGAAAACCUGUCACCUCGCUUAUCUCCCUUCACCUAAUCUCAUUUCUCCCCUUUGCGUCGCUGUCAUUAUAUCCGCCCUUCCCCGUCCUUAUUUCCUCGGUGCUCCACACGAGGCUGAGGCGUUCAAUCCUAUCGACUGGUCACUACAAUACUUUACUUCAGCAUUCAGAUUUGACCUAUUUUUCUGACAUCCCACUUGAUCUCAACGUUGACGGGACUCUCCAUUUUAAGGUCUGAUCUUUGCCACCGUCACGCCGGUCCCUAGCUCUUGCACCCAUGUCACUCCAAGUGGGCGACCCACGGUCGCGAGGCCGUUCCAAAUCCCCAGGCGGCCGAAUCCGCGAUCGAUCCAAGUCUCGCGACAGUCGAACUCUCGACCACAAUUAUUUGUCCUCCGCUCCGGUGGAUGGGAACCUGAGGACUAGGUCUAGGAGCAGAGGCGCGGCGCCAGGAAUCGAGCACGGUCGUGAUUACUACUAUCAAUCUGACUCGGGAGAGAGCAAAGGUGCAAAGCGCGACAGCAGAUAUCAUUCUUCCGCUCAACGCCGCGAUGCGCGCUAUGACAGUUACUCGGAGAAUAACUCGUACUCCGACUCGGAGGAUGAUGCGCUUGCUUAUGGUGACCUUCCCGACGAUGACCUAGAGCGCGCUUACUACGGGUACAAAGGUACAAAUCGUGCUGCAUCACCGCGCCAUGGGGGGCCUAUGAUGUCCGGUGCUCUCAAUCCAAGCGUACCCCAGGUUGGUGCAUCGGGGCGUCCCGCGGAAGGCAUCAAUGACCAGGUCCCUGGCAGUCAUCCCAGCUACGCCAGACCCGAUCCAUUCAGAUAUGCUGCGCAGUCUCAGCACCCUCACGCCCAGCCCCAUCCAGCUUACUACGGGGGCCCUUCCGCUUCGAGUGCAGCUCCUUCCAAUUGGGCACCGAUACCUGAGUGUGAGCGACCAGGAUUUGUGCCUCCAACAUCUCAGGGACAUAGUCAAGUCAUGCCUGGUGCAUUUCCCGCUGGCUCCAGUCAGCCUGAUAUGCCUGCCACAACUGCUGCAGCCCCGAUGCCAACGUACAGAUAUGUGGAUCCAGGUACGCAGAAUGGUCGCCCAUUGUCGGUGUCCGCUACCAACGUAUAUGCUCCUGGUGUGGGUUCUUCAAGCCAUCAACGCUCAAUGUCGAGCGAUGCGGCGGUUAAACCUUCUUAUGCUGCCCCGGCUCCUUUCCAGUAUGCACAAGUUGAUCCAAACGUGAAAUACUCAUCCAAGAGUGCAGCGAGCAACGAGACCAAGCCGGUGGCGCAUUCCACCACACCUCAAUUCUCGAAAGGCGGCGGCAAACCGGCGAAUGAUGCGCCAUAUAGCGGAGUCAAAUAUACGGCUGCUCCUCAGUUUGCUCAAACUCCAAUAAGUCGUCAGGAAAGCGGCCCGCACUACGUCGAAAUUGCACCUGGAAACAGGACCGUUAGCCGACCCCAUAGUCACUCGGUAUCUUCCGCCCAUAAUCUCACGGUUGCCGGCCCCGACCCAACUCAACGACCAGUCAGCCCGCUUCAGGAGCCUUACAAGGGGACUUAUCAGAGUAUCUCACCCAUGCCGUCACCCAUCGUCAUUUCGUCGAGGCUGGACGAUGACGUCUCAGACUUGGAGCUGGUGGGCACUAGUUCAGACGAGGGAAAGAGGGAGCACAGACGAAAGAAGAGCAGAAAUGAAAGGGAGUUGAAACCUGACCACGUGAAACGAGAGAGUAGCCGUGUGCGACACGAACGCCAUGGGUCUACCGGACCUGAUUCUCUAGUCGUCAUAACUCCUAGCAGCAAUCGAAAGCGUGUCACCUUCUAUGAUGCGGGCCCCGAUGCGCUGGCAUUGCAACAGGCUCUUAAUCACACGCGGCACAUCGACAACAAAACCCUCAUUAAGGUGCUGCCACACUUGACGAGCGAUGAAAUGCUGGAUUUACGCAAAGAAUACAAGAAACACGUCAAAGUCCACGGAAAGGGAGUGAAUUUGGCCAAGCAUAUCCGACUGACCCUGGGCAACAGCGCCUUUGGUAAAGUAUGCUAUGCUACUGCCUUGGGCCGUUGGGAGUCCGAGGCCUUUUGGGCAAAUUGCUACUACCAGUCAAGUACAUCUCGGCGCGAACUGUUGAUUGAGUCCCUGUUUGGUCGGACCAAUAGCGAAAUCAGUGAAAUCAAAGAAUGCUUCCGGGACUCGCGGUACUCCGAUAGCCUUGAAAAGUGUAUGAAGGCCGAGUUGAAGGCGGAUAAGUUUCGGAUGGCGAUAUUGCUUGCUCUGGAAGAGACUCGACAGAGCGAACGGGAUCCACUUGAUUCCGAGCUCGUGGAGCGGGACGUGCAUGAAUUACACCGCGCUCUGGUCUCACGCCAUGGAGGUGAAACGUCAAUGAUCUAUAUCAUUGUUCGGCGGAGUGAUAGUCACCUUCGAGAGGUGCUUCGCACUUAUGAAAAGUUUUACGAGCACAAUUUCACUCGGGCCAUGAUGGCCAAGUCACAAAACCUGGUUGGCGAGACACUGGCACACAUACUCAAUGGGGCAAUAAACCGGCCCAUGCGUGAUGCCCUUCUCCUGCACCAGGCGCUGCGUGAAUCGCGAACUGGUAAGGAACGCUCCGAGCUCCUGAUCUCACGCCUGGUUCGACUUCAUUGGGAGCCACGACACUUGGAAAAGGUCAAGACCGAUUUCCGUCAGCGCUACCGCGAGCGGUUAGAAGAUGCCAUCGCGGAAGAAGUGUUAACAUCUAGUGGGGGCAGUGAAUGGGGAGAAUUCUGCAUCGAGCUCGCUCGCAGCUCUAAAACUCUCGUUGGCCGCGGUUGAGCAUGCAACUUCCUGAACAAAAAGGGUUCUGCUUUGGUUUUUAUGUUGGAAGGAGUAGCACACGUUCCUUAACUGCUUCUGAUGCGUGACGCGUAACGACUGACGAUGCUGAUGAUGCCGACGAUACUAAUAACGCUAUCAAUAUCAUUAAUGUGACAU